AUGAAUGUGAAGUACCAUUCACAAACCAAGACCCCUGAAGACCUUCAAAACGAGAUAGAGUUGAUGAAGAGGCAGUUAGGGAAUUUGCAGGCUGAGCAGGAGGUCCAAAAAGAAACCAUGGCAAAAUGGCAAACUGCAAAUGAAGUAUUUCGAGCACUUGGAGAAAUAGGUUGGAGUCAAAUAUCCGCUGAGAGGAAGCAUGACCUCGUCAACACGAAAGGGAUAAACAACUCUACAGAACUCUACUACAAUUACAGGGCUUCUGAUACUACUACCAUGGCCACCUAUCUAAUGCAGGAGUGGGAUACAUCGACCUGGCAACAGGUCGGUAAUGGUCACUGGACAGGCCACUGCAGUCUCCAUAUCAAAGACAUCGUCAUUAAUCCUGCUUGCACACUUGUCGCCUCCGCAUCUGCUGAUAAGCAGGUCCGUAUCUGGCGGCUCUCAGAUCAAAAAACUAUCGCCAUCUUCCACCACUCAGCACCGACGAUGUGCGUCACUUUCUCCAUAGACAGCAAGUAUAUCCUCAGUGGUGGUGGGGAUGGGGUGAUAUCAGAGUGGGCAGUACCCGAGGAUGCUAAUUCACAGGCAUGUUUCCAUCAUUCAUUGACUCUGGUGACCUAA